CAGGAGCGGGAGCUGUGGCGGCGGCGGCCGCGGCGGCGGCAGCAGCAGCAGGCGGCGGCGGCGGCGGCUAUGGGGGCCCGUCCGCGGGCUUCGGGGCGCUGAGCUCCCCCCGGCAGCAGGGCGGCGGCAUGAUGAUGGGCCCCGGGGGCGGCGGGGCCGCCAGCCUCAGCAAGGCGGCCGCGGGCGCGGCGGCGGCGGGGGGCUUCCAGCGCUUCGCCGGGCAGAACCAGCACCCGUCGGGGGCCACCCCGACCCUCAACCAGCUGCUCACGUCGCCCAGCCCCAUGAUGCGGAGCUACGGCGGCGGCUACCCCGACUACAGCAGCCCCAGCGCGCCGCCGCCGCCGCCGUCGCAGCCCCAGUCCCAGGCGGCGGCGGCGGCGGCGGCGGCGGCGGCGGGGGCGGCGGCGGGCGGCCAGCAGGCGGCCGCGGGCAUGGGCUUGGGCAAGGACAUGGGCGCCCAGUACGCCGCUGCCAACCCGGCCUGGGCGGCCGCGCAACAAAGGAGCCACCCGGCGAUGAGCCCCGGCACCCCCGGCCCGGCCAUGGGCAGAUCCCAGAUGCCGCCGCAGUACGGACAGCAGGGCGUGGGCGGGUACUGCCCGCAGGGCCAGCAGCCCUACUACAACCAGCAGCCGCAGCACGUCCCGCCGCAGGCGCAGUACCUGCCGUCCCAGCCCCCGCGGUACCAGCAGGACAUGUCUCAGGAAGGCUACGGAACUAGGUCUCAACCUUCGCUGGCUCCCGGAAAGCCCAACCAUGAAGACUUGAACUUGAUCCAACAGGAAAGACCAUCCAGUCUACCAGGGGAAGGCUUGGCUUCGGAGGAGACGGCCUUCGGACUCAAGGACCUGUCCGGCUCCAUCGAUGACCUGCCCACAGGAACGGAGGCCACGCUGAGCUCAGCAGUGAGCGCGUCCGGGUCCACGAGCAGCCAGGGGGACCAGAGCAACCCGGCCCAGUCACCUUUCUCUCCGCACGCGUCCCCGCACCUGCCGGGCAUCCCCGGGGGCCCGUCGCCGUCCCCCGUCGGCUCGCCCGUGGGGAGCACGCAGUCACGCUCCGGUCCCAUCUCUCCUGCCAGCAUCCCAGGCAGCCAGCUGCCUCCUCAGGCUCCCGGGAGCCAGUCAGAGCCCAGCUCCCAUCCUGCCCUGAGCCAGUCACCAAUGCCACAGGAAAGAGGGUUCAUGGCGGGCUCCCAGAGGAACGCUCCGAUGGCUCAGUACGGACCCCAGCAGGGCGGGCCGUCCAUGGCGUCCCACCCGUCUCCCGGCGGCCAGCUGCACCCCGGGAUCAGCGGCUUCCCGCAGAGCAACUCCAGCGGCACUUACGGUCCCCAGAUGGGCCAGUACGGACCCCAAGGUAACUACUCCAGGCCCCCAACAUACAGCGGGGUGCCCAGCGCAAGCUACAGCGGCCCGGGGCCUGGCAUGGGCAUCAAUGCCAACAACCAGAUGCAUGGCCAAGGGCCAAGCCAGCCGUGCGGUGCUAUGCCCCUGGGCCGGAUGCCACCCGCCGGGAUGCAGAACAGGCCGUUUGCUGGAAACAUGGGCAGCAUGACCCCUGGUUCGCCCGGCAUGUCCCAGCAAGGGGGGCCAGGAAUGGGACCACCCAUGCCGACCGUGAACCGGAAGGCGCAGGAGGCAGCUGCCGCAGUGAUGCAAGCCGCAGCCAACUCGGCCCAGAGCAGGCAAGGCAGCUUCCCCGGCCUGAACCAGGGCGGACUCAUGGCCUCCGGCUCUCCCUACAGCCAGCCCGUGAACAACAGCGCCGGCCUGGCCAACGCCCAGGCGCCCGCCUACAGCAUGGCGUCCAACAUGGUCAACAGCUCCACAGCGUCUAUGGGUCUUGCAGAUAUGAUGUCUCCGGGGGAGUCCAAGUUGCCCAUGACCCUCAAGGCUGACGGCAAAGAGGAAGGCGCCGCCCCGGCCGACAGCAAGGCCAAGGACAGCUACAGCUCGCAGGGCGUCUCUCAGCCCCCCACCCCCGGCAACCUGCCCGUCCCGUCCCCGAUGUCGCCCAGCUCCGCCAGCAUCUCCUCCUUCCACGGCGACGAGAGCGACAGCAUCAGCAGCCCGGGCUGGCCCAAGACCCCCUCCAGCCCUAAGUCCAGCUCGUCCACCACCACCGGGGACAAGAUCACCAAGGUGUACGAGCUGGGGAACGAGCCGGAGCGGAAGCUGUGGGUGGACCGCUACCUGACCUUCAUGGAGGAGCGGGGCUCGCCCGUGGCCAGCCUGCCGGCCGUGGGCAAGAAGCCCUUGGACCUGUUCCGCCUCUACGUCUGCGUCAAAGAGAUCGGAGGCCUGGCCCAGGUCAACAAGAACAAGAAGUGGCGGGAGCUGGCCACCAGCCUGAGCGUGGGCACGUCCAGCAGCGCGGCCAGCUCCCUGAAGAAGCAGUACAUCCAGUACCUGUUCGCCUUCGAGUGCAAGAUUGAGCGCGGGGAGGAGCCGCCGCCCGAGGUCUUCAGCUCAGGCGACACCAAGAAGCAGCCCAAGCUGCAGCCGCCCUCUCCCGCCAACUCAGGGUCUCUGCAAGGCCCCCAGACCCCCCAGUCGACGGGCAGCAACUCGAUGGCCGAGGUUCCGGGCGACCUAAAGCCGCCCACGCCGGCGUCCACCCCGCACGGACAGAUGACCCCGAUGCAAGGGGGCAGAAGCAGCACCGUCAGCGUGCACGACCCCUUCUCGGACGCCAGCGAGUCGUCUUUCCCCAAGCGCAACUCCAUGACCCCGAGCGCCCCCUACCAGCAGGGCCUGGGCCUCCCGGACGUGAUGGGCAGGGUGCCCUACGAGCCCAACAAGGACCCCUUCGGCGGGAUGCGGAAAGUGCCUGGCAGCAGUGAGGCCUUCCUGGCGCAGGGACAGAUGCCCGCCAGCAGCAUGCAGGACGUGUACAACCAGAGCCCCUCGGGGGCCAUGUCUGCCCUGGGCAUGGGGCAACGGCAGCAGUUCCCCUACGGAGCCAGUUAUGACCGGAGGCAUGAGCCCUACGGGCAGCAGUACCCGGGCCAGGGGCCCCCCUCAGGACAGCCGCCGUACGGAGGGCACCAGCCUGGCCUAUACCCACAGCAGAACUACAAGCGCCACAUGGACGGCAUGUACGGGCCCCCUGCCAAGCGCCACGAGGGAGACGUGUACGGCGUGCAGUACGGCGGCCAGCAGCCCGAGCUCUACAACCAGUACGGGGGCUCCUUCCCGGGCCCCGAGCGGCGGCCGCUGCAGGGCCAGUACCCCUACCCCUACAGCCGGGAGCGGAUGGCCGGCCCGGGCCAGAUGCAGCCGCACGGGCUCCCGCCACAGAUGCUGGGUGGCCCGAUGCCCUCAUCCUCGGGCGACGGGCCGCAGCAGGGCAUGUGGGCGGCGCGCAACGAUAUGCCUUACCCCUACCAGAACCGGCAGGGCCCUGGCGGCCCCGCGCAGGCGCCCCCCUACCCGGGCAUGAACCGCACCGACGAGAUGAUGGUGCCCGAUCAGAGGAUCAACCACGAGAGCCAGUGGCCUUCCCACGUCAGCCAACGUCAGCCUUACAUGUCGUCGUCCGCCUCCAUGCAGCCCAUCACGCGGCCCCCGCAGCCCCCCUACCAGAACCCGCCGUCACUGCCAAACCACAUCUCCCGGGCGCCCAGCCCUGCCUCCUUCCAGCGCUCCCUGGACAGCCGCGUCUCCCCGAGCAAGUCUCCGUUCCUGCCGUCCAUGAAGAUGCAGAAGGUCAUGGCCACGGCGCCCUCGGCCCAGGUCUCCGGGCCGCCCCCGCAGCCCCCGCCCAUCCGGCGGGAGAUCACCUUCCCCCCCGGCUCGGUGGAGGCCUCGCAGCCCAUCCUGAAACCAAGGCGAAAGAUUACCUCAAAAGACAUCGUUACUCCGGAGGCCUGGCGUGUGAUGAUGUCCCUAAAGUCAGGUCUCCUGGCCGAGAGUACGUGGGCCCUGGACACUAUUAAUAUACUCCUGUAUGAUGACAGCACUGUCGCGACCUUCAACCUCUCCCAGUUGUCUGGAUUUCUCGAACUUUUAGUCGAGUACUUUAGGAAAUGCCUGAUUGACAUUUUCGGGAUCCUGAUGGAGUAUGAGGUGGGCGACCCCAGCCAGAAAGCACUUGACCACCACUCGGCCAGGAGAGAGGAGGGUCAGGACGAGGAGGACGCCGGCUGCCUGGACGAGGAGGACGAGGACGAGGAGGACGAGGAGGAAGACCCCGAGAAGCCGGCCCCGGGCGAGGAGAGGGGCGCAGGGACCCCGCCCUCGCCCGAGGCCACCGCCACCGCCGAGAAGCCCAGGCAAGCCAGCAAGUUCGACAAGCUGCCCAUCAAGAUCGUCAAGAAGAACAACCUGUUCGUGGUGGACCGCUCGGCCCGGCUGGGCCGCGUGCAGGAGUUCGACAGCGGGCUCCUGCACUGGCAGCUGGGCGGCGGCGACACCACCGAGCACAUCCAGACGCACUUCGAGAGCAAGAUGGAGAUCCCGCCCCGGCGGCGGCCGCCCGCGCCCCCGGGCCCCGCGGGCCGCAAGAGGGAGCCAGCCGGGGGAGGCGACGGCUCCGACCUGCCGCCGCCGCCCCCACCCUCCGAGAGGGGCAUCGUGGCCACCAUCGACGACGUGCUGUCGGCGCGCCCGGGGGCCCUGCCCGAAGAUGCCCCGCCGGGCCCCCCCUUCGGCAUCCACCAGGCCAAGAGCCACCGGAACAUCCGGCUGCUGGAGGACGAGCCCCGCAGCCGGGACGAGGCGCCGCUGUGCACCGUGGCCCACUGGCAGGACUCCCUGGCCAAGCGCUGCAUCUGCGUGUCCAACAUCGUCCGCAGCCUGUCCUUCGUGCCUGGCAACGACGCCGAGAUGUCCAAACAUCCGGGCUUGGUGCUGAUCCUGGGGAAACUGAUCCUCCUCCACCACGAGCACCCCGAGAGGAAGCGGGCCCCGCAGACCUAUGAGAAGGAGGACGACGAGGACAAGGGGGUGGCCUGCAGCAGGGGCGAGUGGUGGUGGGACUGCCUCGAGGUCUUGCGGGACAACACGCUGGUGACGCUCGCCAACAUCUCGGGGCAGCUGGACCUGUCCGCCUACACGGAGAGCAUCUGCUUGCCGGUCUUGGACGGGCUGCUGCACUGGAUGGUGUGCCCGUCCGCCGAGGCCCAGGACCCCUUCCCGACGGUGGGGCCCAACUCCGUGCUGUCCCCGCAGAGACUCGUGCUGGAGACCCUCUGUAAGCUCAGCAUCCAGGACAAUAACGUGGACCUGAUCCUGGCCACGCCGCCCUUCAGCCGGCAGGAGAAGUUCUACGCCACGCUCGUGCGGUACGUGGGCGACCGCAAGAACCCGGUGUGCCGGGAGAUGUCCAUGGCGCUCUUGUCGAACCUGGCCCAGGGGGACGCGCUGGCGGCCCGGGCCAUCGCCGUGCAGAAGGGCAGCAUCGGCAGCCUGAUCGGCUUCCUGGAGGACGGGGUGACCAUGGCCCAGUACCAGCAGAGCCAGCACAACCUCCUGCACAUGCAGCCGCCGCCCCUGGAGCCGCCCAGCGUGGACAUGAUGUGCCGGGCGGCCAAGGCCCUGCUGGCCAUGGCGCGCGUGGACGAGAACCGCUCGGAGUUCCUCCUGCACGAGGGCCGCCUGCUGGACAUCUCCAUCUCGGCCGUGCUGAACUCGCUGGUGGCGUCGGUGGUGUGUGACGUUCUCUUUCAGAUCGGGCAGUUAUGACCCCCGUGAGGAGGCGCAUGUGCGAGGGGAGGCCCCGGCCCCCGCGUCACUGGCUCUUUUCUGUUCUCGUUCAUCCGGCGUAGAAAGAAGGAAGAGAAGAAAAAAAAAAGAAAAGAAAAACACAGAAAAUCUUUGCUCCUCUGCCCCAUUCACUAUUUACCAAUUGGGAAUUAAAGAAAUAAUUAAUUCGAACAGUGAUGAAAUUACUCUUUGCCGUCUGUGUGUAUAAGUACAUCCUUUUGGGUUUGUUGUUUUUAUUUGGGGGGGUUGUUUUUUUUUGUUUCUGUUUUUUUUUGGGGGGGUUGUUUUGUUUUUUUUAACCAAAGUUGCUGUCUAGUGCAUUCAAAGGUCACUUUUUGUUUUUCACGGAUUUUUUUUUUUCCUUUUUAAUGUUCUUUUCCAUGUUGUAUUGCAUUUGGGGUGUGGGGGGAGGGGAAGCAAAUUGACUUGAAAGUUGUGGUAAAAGAUGCUCAGAUGGGGGGAAGACGUCACCACACUGAGGCCAAAAAAGCGAAGAGCAAAACAAAAUGAAACAAAACAAACAAAAAAGAAUAAGAAUUCAUUUCGUAGGUGUGUGAUUCUCCAGAUAAUGAAAAAAGUAAAAACUGUAUCCCAUCACCCAAAGCUUCGUGCAAUAGAAACCUCUAGAGACGUAGGUAGAGGGGCCAGGGGACGCAUCGGUCAGCUGGGAAGUGACCCUGGUGUCUCCAAGGGAACUCGGUUGCCCCCGGCCGGGCGCGGCAGCGGUGCUGCGCCGAGCUCAGAGAACACUGCCCUGGCUGGGGUCGGCCGGGAGUUGCUUCCUCACCGCCGCCGCCAUGUCUGCUGUCUGCCCUUUGACCUUCCACAUGACAGCUCUUCACAAUUCCUUUCAUCAUUUUUUAAAUAUUUUUUUUUUUUACUGCCUGUGGGCUGUGAUGUAUAUAGAAGUUGUACAUGAAACAUACCCUCGUUUUUUUUUCUUUUCUUUUUUCCUUUUUUUUUUUUAGUACAGAGUUUUUAGGUUUUUUUUUUCUCAUGAUGUGGUAACUACGAAGUGAUGGUAGAUUUAAAUAAUUUUUUAUUUUUAUUUUAUAUAUUUUUUCAUUAGGGCCAUAUCUCAAAAAAUACAAAAAAUACAAAAAUCAAAAACAAAAAAAAAAAGAGGGUAAUGUACAAGUUUCUGUAUGUAUAAAGUCAUGUUCUAUUUCGGGAGAGCAGCUGAUCACAAUUCGCUCCAUGAAUCCAGGUGUGGGAAUGGUUACAUAUGGAUUGAUUUAGGAAUGGUUACCAGUCCAGACAAAAAAAGGAAAAAAAAAAAAAGAAAAAAAGAAAAAAAUACAACUAAAAGGAAGAAACACAACUUCAAAGAUUUUUCAGUGAAGAGAAUCCACAUUUGUAUUUCAAGAUAAUGUAGUUUAAAAAAAAAAAAAGAAAAAGAAAAAACUUGAUGUAAAUUCCUCCUUUUCCUCUGGCUUAAUGAAUAUCAUUUAUUCAGUAUAAAAUCUUUAUAUGUUCCACAUGUUAAGAAUAAAUGUACAUUAAAUCUUGUUAAGCACUGUGA